AGGUCUCAUUUUAAAGAUGAAGGUUCAAGCUAUGACACAGUUUUUUUUUUUUUUUUGGAAUUCUUGAAAAAGCUUCAUUUUCAUGGAAAAAUAUGUCACAAAGUGAAUCUUUUUGACACUAUAUUUCUAUUGAUUUUAAGAGAAUAAUUAUCCACAAGUAGUAAUAAUCUGGCAUAUUUCUUUUCAUUUGCUUUUGUCAAAUGUACUAUUAUUUUUGCGACAUACAAAAGUUUCUGUCACACGGUAAUUCGAUUAUUAAAUUACACGUGAAGGUUAUACAAGGGAUAUAACCUACAUAAUCUUAAUAUACCGAUGUAACAGGCGCAUAGUGAGAACAGUGUUUUCCUUGUAGUUCAUGUUUUGUUUAUGCCAUAUCUGUCAUUGAAGUCACAUACGUUACGAAGUUAAGAUAGUAAAGAGCUUAUAAAUCAUGGAAUAUCAUAAUGUCAUCUCUCGUAAUAAUGAUAAUCCUAAAACAAUUGAAAUGAAAACAUUCGAAAUACAGGAUAACUUAACCUGAUAAAAUUAUUUGGAUCUUUUCCUCAUAAAUAUAAAAAAUGUGGAAAACGACAAUGAUACUCGCAAAUACAAUUAUAGGGUUAACUUCAAAAAUCGCAAGAAAGAAAAGAUAUUUUCCAGCGUCAUUUGUAAGUUGUGAUCCAAUUAGAUAUGCUCAUUCUGACAUCCCAUUACCAGAUUUUGAAGGGAUAUUAAAGCCAAAUAAAAAACCACUUGAUUCAAAUGAAAAUCGAAAAUGUUUAAAUUAUGCCGUAUCUUUUGUUGCUGGAGUAACUUGUAUGUAUACUUUUAAGUCUCAUAUGUUGCAUUAUAUAAUGUAUUUGGCACCAUCUCGUGAUGUACUGGCUACGGCUCAAACAGAAGCCACAUUGACUAAUAUACCAGAAGGGAAAGUUGGAAUUGUUAAAUGGCGAGGAAAACCAGUUUUUCUUUACCAUAGAGCACAAAAUAUUAUUGAGCAAGAAAGAGCAGCCGAUAUAUCAAUUUUGAGAGAUCCUCAAACGGAUGACGAAAGAGUGAAAAAACCCGAAUGGCUAAUUGUCAUUGGAAUUUGCACUCAUUUAGGAUGCAUACCUAUUCCUAAUUCUGGUAUUAUUCCAGGAGGUUUCUUUUGUCCUUGUCACGGAUCGCAUUAUGAUGCGGCCGGACGUAUACGAAAAGGACCAGCACCUAUUAAUCUUAAUAUUCCUAAAUACGAAUUCAUUAAUGAUGAAAAGAUAAUUAUCGGUUAAGUGGCUUUAUCAGUUUUUUUUUUAUUCAUGCCGAAUAACUUGUAUUUAUAGAAUUAAUUCUAAGUUUUGACAUUAUCUGCAUUGACUUUAUGAUAAAAAUAAAAAACCAAUCUACCAUA